AUUGUUUUUUUUUAUUCGUUAGUGCAUUCGCGCUAAUUUUUGUGAUACAGAUUCCGUAAAAUCUUUCAGUUGUGUCCAUAAAUGUUUAGUAAAGACAAUUAUGAUUCAUAGAGACUCACUGCUUCCUGAAAACUAUAGAUAUUAGAACAGAUAUAUUUUUCAUAGGUAUGUUAUUAUUGUAUUCUAAUCUAAUAACAGAUUGUAUCUGCUCCUUAGUAAUUAAUUAUCUUUUUCCGCGUACCGCCAAAACAAAGACUAAAAUUGAUACAAAGGCAAAGUAGCUCUACUUUAUCUAUUUUUACUAUUUAUUUUAUUUCGUGACUAUUUAAUUUUUAUUUAUAAAAGUAAUUAGAUUUUUAGAAGUUACAUAAAUUGGCAGUACUUUAUGUGAGGUGAGGUACUUAAUAUCUUAUUAUUAAUUACCGGAAUUGUUUAAUUGUACGAGUGUUAAGCGUGUUAUGUAGUGAUUCGUAUACAGCCUUGUAACAAGGAUGCCAAGAAACGUGGUUUCCUGUAGUCAGUGUUGGCGGACAACGACCUGUUUUCAUUGUUUGUUUUAAUUUCGAAAAAUCCCCAUGUUUAAUAAAAUAAAAUAAAACUUAUUGGCCCUUUGUAUGUCUUAAAUUUACCGUAAAAUACUUAAGUGAGAGAAAAAUAAUCUGGGUUUCAUGUGUUUGGAAUCCUACCCCAAUAUUGUCCUGAUAGGUGAGGGAGAAUAUCUUCUCUCCAGCCGGUAUUGUAAAAGCAAAACAAUUGUUUUUAAUAAGUCCUGUGUUCUGUUUAACUUAAUAGGAUUUUACAAUUCCUAAUAUUCCAGAGGAAUUAUAUCUUGUCACAUAUCACAUACCGUGCAAGCGUUGAUUUCAAAUUAAAUUGAUCAUUAAACAAAGCUUCGAAAGGUCAAAGUAUUUAACACGCAGCCGAGAAUUUCAAAUAUAGAAAACAAUACGCGAGUAGAUAAUAAUUUUGUAAUCCAUAAAUCGAUUUCACAGAACAACUCGAUUAUACCUAAUAAUAAUCGAUAUCCUUUGGAAUAUAAGAUUACCUAAUUAGAUGUAUAGAGAGUUUCUAAAGUCUUUAGUGGAUAUUGAACAGUGAUGAUCGAAUGUAUCUAAGUACUAAGGUUUUCUGGCCUUGUUUAAAGGAAGUAUCAAAUAAUUUACGGUUUCUUACAAUCGUGGCUUGGAUCAGUAGGCAUCGGACCGCGAUCCCGGUUGCACUUCAAAAUUGAUCGUUUUGUGUUGAGUUGCUUUUUAAUGAAAAUGGAGGAGGGUACCGAGGGAGGCAAGGAGAACGGUACCAGUGAUAAUGGUAACUGUGAUGAGCUGGUCACCAAGGAACAGGAUGCACCCACUGAUAUCGUGUGCGAUGAAGUCAAAGGUCUGGACGCGAACCGCUAUGCCACGAAGAAGACAGUGGCGCAGGGCAUGCUGGACAUCGCCCUGCUGACGUCCAACGCGUCCCAGCUCAAAUACGUCCUACAAGUGGGGCCCAAGCACGAGUUCUACACGCUAUUGGUGGUCCUCAUAUCAAUAUCUAUAGUUCUACAGCUACUCGUUGGAUUGUUAUUCGUGAUAAUCGGUGGCUUGGACCUCAACGAUCACGAAGACCAACCUUCAGCGGUCAUACUUAAUGAUAUCAUUGUCAUAUUCAUAUUUGUCAUAUCCGUCAUCAACAUUGUCAACUCCGCUUUCGGCCUAGAGUAUUCGAAUAAUCCUUUAAUUUUAGAACGUCUUGAAAAUAUAAAUAAUCAGUAUUUGAGGAAGGGUAAUCUUACAGCAGUUUAAAAUUAAGAAUUUGUUUAAAAUUCUUAAGGAUUCAGCCUGUCUCCAAGUCACUUUUUAAAAGAUAUUUAAAUGAUGUGUUAAUAGAAACCGUUUAAAUGUAUGGAAAUGAAGUUUCGUAUGUCACAUGACUUAGAGCUGUCAUUUUUGUAUUUUCGAGCGUUUUCUAUCACCGAUUACGAUUGUCAAUUGGCUAAGGGGCCAUAGAAAAUAGUAUUAUUAUUUACAGUAUUAUUUUAUGAUAAAUAAAUGUCUAACUGUCAAUUUGUAUUACCAUUCCAUCUCACCGUGACAGAGUCAGCAUGACACUUAAAAGUGUCUUCUGACUAAGUGACGUUGGGGAAUACGGUGAUAAAACUACUUAAUUAAUUAUCCCGCAUUGCGGAUAGGAAAUAAAUACUCUCAAUUAUGUGACAUUGAGCAAUAACCUUUUGUACCUAUCUGUUUGUUAAAGUAGGUCAUGAGCCUAGGUUCGAAGUAAAAUUUGCAAAAUUGGAGGCAACUAAAAGAAAAUUCUACAAAAAGUAGGUAAUUUAUUGCAGUUUUUUAUUGUGACAGUGCUCUUUACGGCGCAGCACGGCAUCUCUAAAACACAACUGCAAAUACUGCAAUAGACCCCCUAAAUGUUGCAAAAGGCAAAAUGUUUUCAUUGCAUAUUUUGCAAUUGCAUUAGGUGAUUAAUUAUUAUAAGAUUCACGGAGUACAGACACUAGAUAAUCGCCAAAGUGUGUAGACCUACUUUAAAAACUAUUAAAGUAGAGUUAAGUUAUAAUUAAAAUUAUGAUUGAUGUACUCAAUUAAUCCUAAUUACUGCUAAUCUACCUGCUACUAUAUACCUGCUAAUCUGUAUUUCGUACGGUAAUUAAUUAAUAAUAUGAAUCAUUAGUCCUGAAUACAUGAAUUGUUUACUACUUUAUUUCUAAACAAUAUAGGAUAAUUAUGUCUUUGUAUGUCAAAGUGCUGAAAACCUCCUCAAUUUAAAUGAUCGGUAGAUAGAAGAAGGAUGCCAUAGAAAGAAUGCACACGAGUCCACGACGUCGUCGAUUGUCCUUUGUUUUUCGUCUUAUCAGUCCUAGUUGCCUUAGGAUUCUAGAAUUACGGAUUCACAUGGAAAGGCAUUUUAUGAAUGUGAAUGUGACAGUAAAAAUAAUCCAGGGCCUUUAUUUGUAUUCUGUAACAUUUAGGUUUUUACAUCUAAUAACAAAAAUUAACUUUCUUUUGUUAACAAAUAUUUUUGCUUACUGCAGGCAAGCGCGGGAGUUCUGGCCCUAAUAAUUUCGUUUCUGGACGGCCAGCACAAACAUAAGAAGUUAGCCGACUGGCUGUAUCACACGUCAGUUGGGAUGAUGACCAUGGUAGUGUUCUGUGACGUCAUCAAAAUGACCUUCGGCCUUGACCCCGCGCUUUCCCUGCAAGACUAUCUUGGGAAUAACACUUCGGGCUUAUAUGACACUUUUUUCAAAAUAGGAGCAGUGUAAUGUUGGGAUCAUUGUUUUUUGCAUUGUGUAUUUAGUUCAAAUUCUAUUUAACAUACCUACUUAUUUCUCUGUGUAUAAUGGAAUAGGUAUAAAAUAGGUACCGUACAGAAUAAUCUACCUGUUUGCGUAAUAUUGAAAUUCGUCCACCUUUUUUUUAUACUUUGCAGUUUUUAUUUUUUUUAAUUUAACCGCCAUAGCUUGGUCAUCGCUUCAGCAUUGCGUUUAAUUUUUCCUACCAGCAGAUUGUUCAUUGUUUUAAAUGUGCGUUUUGUUUAUUUUUUCUUUUAUUUUC